AUGGCCCUCACCCGCCUGCUCGCCAACCAGCGCACCCUCGCCGCCGCCCUCGCCAGCCCAGGCCCAGCCAUCGCCACCCAGAAACCAUCGAUCACCCUCCUCAGCAGCAGCAGCAACCCCACCAGACUCAGCCUCAGCCAUGCACUCAGCCACCAUCUGCCCAUCACAACCCACAGCACACUCACAACCCACGCACUCAACGCAACACUCAUCCUCAUCCACAACACAACCACCACCACCACCACCACCAUCCACCAGCCAGUCCUCAUCAUCAACGACUCAAACAACAUUAACCACUUAAACACAAUCAACAACAUCAACCACUUAAACAACAACCACUUAAACAACAACAACAACAACCACUUAAACAACAACAACAUCAACCACUUAAACAACAACAACAACAACCACUUAAACAACAACCACUUAAACAACAACCACUUAAACAACAACAACAUCAACCACUUAAACAACAACAACAUCAACCACUUAAACACAAUCAACAUCAACCACUUAAACAACAACAACAACAACCACUUAAACAACAACCACUUAAACACAAUCAACAUCAACACCCAAGCCGCUUCCGCCCAGACCCUGCUCGGCUACCGGCGCCAGCUCGCCCGGCUCCGGGACACCCUCCACCGCCACGCCCAUCCGCCCCCAGUCGACCCCCAUGCACUCCACGCCGUCAGGGCCGCCAUCGACACCGAGCUCGCCCUCUGGACGCUCCCCUUCGCCGCCGACGUCGUCGCCAACAAGGCCAUGGCCGUCCUCGAAGACGUCUUCCUCGCCGACCUCGAGCGCAAGCUCCUCUUCCGCCAAGGCCAGGUCCACGAGCUGCGUCGGGCGGCCCACGCAGUGGUCGAUGCCCUGCUCGUCGACCGCGCCCUGGCGCCCUUCCGGACCGAAGCCCUCGCCAACGCCGUCCGCCGCGCCCGCGCGGAGCCCCACGGCGCAGCGGCCGACGAGCUGGCCGCCCGCAAGCGUCUGCUAGCGGGGCCCGGCGGCCCGCUCAUGCAGCUGCAGGCCGCGGCAUCCCGCGUCCUCGCCCAGACCGCCGUCCUCGCCGCCGCCGGCAUCGGCGUCAGCCUCGCCCCGCUGCUGCCCCUCCCCGGCUUACUCCCCGGGCCAUCCGGGCUCGAGGCCGCCGCGUUCCUCGCUCUCGCCGCACUCUGGAUCGGCCAGGGACGCUGGAAACGGGCCCGGGCCCGGUUCGUGUGCGCAUUGGACACAUGGAACGCCAGCCUCGCCGCCGCCCUGCUCGCCGACCACCAGCGCCUCGGCCGCGCCUUCCGCGCCCCCGUCGCCCCUGACCAUCCCGAGGAGGGCGAAGACGAGCUGGUGGCCGCCGUCCAGAAACGCAUCGCCGCCCAACUGGCCGUGCCCAAGGACGCCCCCGUCCUGCUGCCCGACCCCGCCGACAUCGACCCCGCGGAUGUCGACGCGGACGCCGAAGGCGGCGCCAGGAGGCCCCAGACCCUCGCCCAGCUCGCGAGGCUCGUCCAGGCGCAGCUCAGACAUCUCGUCAAGGUCGUGCAGACGCAGGACGCGGGCGGCGCUGGCCACUCCGACGCUGGCCACUCCGACGCUGGCCACUCCGACGCUGGCCACUCCGACGCUGGCCACUCCGACGCUGGCCACUCCGACGCUGGCCACUCCGACUCUGGCCACUCCGACGCCGGACACUCCAACGCCAGCCCUUCCGACGCCGGCCCAAAAUAA